GAAAGCAGAAGCAGCUAGAAGAAAUGUCGAAACAUUUUCAAAUUUUUUUAGCAACAACGCUUAUAAUGUUAUUACAGCAGCACAGCCGUGCUUGUGAUGAACUUGCGCCAUUUAGUCGACAGCAACCGAGUGCUGAUUACUUUCAUCCGUGGCUUCCUUUCUAUUAUCGACCCAACGCAAUGAUUCCCGAUUAUGUCGAAUUCGACACCCCUUUUAUCGAAAACUUCUUGAUUGACACCGGUAAUAAUGUUGAUGAAGGAAACAACCAGGUGGAAGGACGUUCGAUCCUCGGUGAUUUGGGUGCCAACUUGAUCAACGCCGGGCUCUACAACAACAGAUUCACUCCAAGAAACAACUUCAGGCCUUUCGCCAAUCUCGCCAAUCGGAUUCCCUUCUCGUUGAAUCCGAAUAUUUUGAAUAAUCCACUGGCCAAUUUUGAUGCCUGUACGGGAACCAGCGACGAAUCUGGAAUCUGCACUUCCGGAUCUUCUUGUACCGUUUUCGGUGGACUUCCCAACGGUUCCUGCACUCUGGGAAGAGUCUGUUGCACCAAUAAAAUCACUAAAUGUGGCAGCACCGUCACACUGAACAACACGUAUUGGCAGUCUCCAUCAACAACUACUAGCGCUGCUUCCACCUGCACCUUGACUGUUUCACUGGACACUAAACUCAGGGAGCAAAAGAAGCCCGUUUGUCAAAUCCGUUUGGACUUUGUGUCAUUCACAACUGCCCAGCCAACAGCCGGAACUUGUACGGACACUUUCCAAGUCGGCGGAGCAUCUACCGUGGUGCCUAUCAUUUGUGGAGACAACGCCGGACAGCACAUGUACUUUGAUGUUCCAUCGUCGGCAACAACCCCAACUGAUGUCCAGCUCAUGUUCAGCUUUGCAGCUGGAACGGUGACGCCUUCGUGGAAUAUCAAAAUCGCGAUGCUCCCUUGUGGCGCUACUUACCUUGCCCCCAAGGAUUGUCUCCAAUAUUUCACCUCUGCUACGGGCAAAAUCAAGUCGUUUAAUUGGCAGGACGUCGCCAGCACUGCUACCCGUCAACUCAACAACCAAAAAUACAACAUUUGUUUCCGGACGGAACUGCUUUCAGGAUCGGAAGCCAACGAAAUGUGCGUUUCAGUUUGCUCGGUGAAGAACGGAGGCGACGCCUUCUCCAUAACGACGGUACCGGCGUUUCCUCCCGGUAACACCGAUCAGAACGCAAUCAGUUAUGCCGCAACUCUUUCUGCAGUGGGCACAACUAUCCACUACAAUCCACCGCCAGACACAGUCGUCAAUGCAGUCUGCCUUUACGACUAUCUGAUUAUUGCUGGCGCUAGAGACGCCACUGGAAUAGAGGCCGACCGUUACUGUGGCAACGCCCUUAAUCCGUUUCCCGUAGGAAAUGCUUAUUAUUAUUAUUACUCUUCCACGGCGGGUGGUUUACCCACAAGUAUCCAAGUGUGCACUUCGAUUAGGCCAUUUAAGCUCACCUAUCAGACCGACGGGACCGAAGCGGCCAUUGUUUCAGUUCCGGUGAAUUCAAAUACGCCGAUUGCGGCCGCCGCUGAUACAGCUAACACCGGAUUCUGUAUCGACUACCUGGAGCGAUAAACAAAGUCUAAAAAAGCCGAACAAACAAAUAUUAUUAAAACUGUUUUCUCUCAACAAAUAUUCAGUGGGUAUUUUUUUAAUAUUAUUUUUUAAAUUCAACUAGGAUGUCUUCAGUGGUGGUUUGGAUAA